UGUAAUUAGUCAUUUUCUAAUGUUUUCAAAGGGUACAAAUAUGCAGAAUGUAUAAGUCCUAAUCGAAUUAAAAUUUGUAAUGGGAGCAUGAUACAUGUAAUUAAGCACAUAGUACAAUAACUCCUGUAUCUCUUCUCAUUAAAUGAAUUGCUUAGCAUAUAUUUAGUUCAUUUUAGUUUUGGAAAAGGCAUUCAAAAUCAGUAGUAGUUUACGUGUUUUACUUAUUACAAUCACUUCCAAAAAUGCAAAUCCAUUGAUUUAUUGAAUAGUUGUCGACCAAUCAAUCAGUCUUAAAGUCAAAUCUCAAAAUUCCCUUUCACAAAAUUCCCUUCCAUUCAAGAAAGUAUAAGCUGAAUUUCUCUUUAUAAAUGUUUUAAAAUUUUGCAGAUGUUUCAUGUGGUGAAAAAGGAGUACUAGCAACCAUGCAAAAGGAUCAAACCAAUCAAGAAGAUCAUAUUCAAGAUCCAUUCAUGGAUUCAUCAAAGAAAACCCCAUCAGAGAUUGAAGAAGAAUCUCAAAAUAUUGCUUCUGAAACUUCCACACUCACCACAGAUUCACCAAAACUCCAAGAAGAAGAAGAAAAAGAUUCAGAAAACAAAACGAAACCAGAAAAAGUUAACAACUUUGAGAACAAUUCUUCUUCUUUUUCUUCCUCUUCUUCUUCAUUUGGCUCAAAGAAAACCAAGAAGAAAACAGAAGAUCAUGUUAAAGAAAAUGGAGAAAAGAUUACUACUACUCCUAGUUCAGAAAAGCCAUCAAAAAAUCCAAGUUUUGAUAAGAGUAGAAGCUAUUCAAAUGGAGCUUCAAGUAUUUUCAGGAAUUUGAUCACUUGCGGAGCUGUGGAUACUAAUGAUUCUGGAAUUAUUCCAAUCCGAAAAAAUAGGCCUUCAUUUAGUAGUUCUGGUGAAAAAGCAGUGAGCUUUUCAUCUGAGAUUUGUAAAGCUGAGAAAGUUGGAGGAUCUCAAAGGAUUUUUGGCACUGCUUGGAAUCAACAGCAUCAACAUACUAAUGGAAGGAAAAGUUGUGAUGGGGUAUACAGUUCGUCAAAGAACAAAAAUGAAUUUGGUAGUCGUAGAUCAGUUUCUGCUAAUUACAAGCCAGUCAAUGGACCCAACUGCUCGCAAUGUGGAAAGCCAUUCAAGCCAGAGAAACUUCAUACCCACAUGAAAUCCUGCAAAGGCAUGAAAGCUCUGGCAAAGGGUGCUAAUUCUGUUACCUCUGCUACUGAGAAGACUUCCAAAGAUGCAUCAAAAGUGGAUUCUGUUUCUGGAACCUAUUUGACUCAUUAAGUGCCAGCUUUCAUUUUUUUAAAUUAUCUUUUUCAACUUCUUUUUGAAUUAGAUUAAGUUUUUUAUUAAAACUUUGACAAGCCUUCUAUGUAAAUUUUUUAGCAAGAAGGUCCACAGGCAAAAUUCCAUGCAAUUCAA